UCCAUCCAAUGCUCUGCUCCAUGGACCACAGAGAGGCUCCAGGGCUUUCAGUUCUCAGGUAGCAGAGGUUGGGCAAUGGAGGUGAGGACCUCCAAGAGAUCCUACGUCCACGUCUAUAACAUCACAGGGCCCAGGGAUGGUGGGACCCAAACUUGCUGCUACAUCAUCAAGAGGCCUGGAGGUCCUCUCUGCUCCCAGGAGAGCAAAGCCAUCAUCAUCAGCGUCAAAGACCAUCCACCUCAGCCCACCUUGACCCUGAAGCCUUCGUCUGGUCUCACCAUUGAAGGUCAACCUCUGCUCUUCUCCUGCACUGCUCCAGAAGGCAUCCAGGAGUCCAGGUUCUACCUCUACAAGGAGAACCUCAAGGUCCUGGAGGGCAUCAACAUCACCAGAGAGGCCACCACAGCUCAGUUCCUGGUGGUAGAGGCCAAGCAGAGCCACACUGGGAACUUCUCCUGUGGCUACGAGGAGCUGACCCAGGACCGCUGGAUCCCCUCCUACCCCAGCCAGGCCCUGGAGGUCCUCAUCGAAGAACCUGCUCCUCCUCCCUCCUUGGACGUGGACCCUGCGGUGGGGGUGGUGGACGAGGACCAUCCCCUGCAGCUCACCUGCAGAGCCUCCAGAGAUGCCUUCAGGCCACGGUUCCACUUCUACAGGAACGGCCUGGAGCUGCCACCAGGCCAAGGCAGCUUCAAGAUCCAGGAGCUGAGGAGCAGCUCCCACCUGCUGGUCUCCAGGACCUCCAGGAGCUUCAGUGGCAACUUCAGCUGUGGGAUGGAGGAGGAUGUGGAGGGGACCUGGGUGGUGGCACCUCGGAGUAGAGCUGUGGGGGUCACCAUCAGAGCAGCUCCACCUCAGCUUCUCCCAUUGGUGGCUGGAGGCCUCUCUGGCAUCAUUGUCCUGCUCCUCGGCUUCCUAUUGGCUGCUUGGCUCUGGAGGAGGCGGAGAGGAAGUGUCCACUGGGAUGACCUUCAGGACAAGGAGGACCCAAGCUCAUAUCCCAUGGUCAGAGUCACCCAGGGGGGACCCUGAAGAGGACCUUGAAGGGGACCCUGAAGGUCUCCUGGCAGAUGACCUCCAUGGAGGUGCCUUUGAGGAAGACCUUGGGAGUGGACCCCAAACUGACCUCCAAGGAGACCUCCAAAGUGGCCUCAAAGAUGACUCCAGAAAAUGCCUCCCAGUUCCUGCCCCUCCCAACGGCUCCAACUGAUCACUAAAACCUUCU